GACCUCCACACAGACUUGAGAGUAAUGAAAGCUUGCCUUGCUUUCCCGAUCUUUACUGCAUAUCUUACUGCUUAUUAAAUAUUGAGUUAAAUGGGCCCAUUUAACAAUGCCUAGGCAUAUUCAACAACGGGAGCAAGCAAGUGUGAGAAAACAUUUAAUUUUUUCGUAAGUUUGUAUAAAACUCCAGUAAUACAUGAUAGUUUUCGAUUGGACACUAGUAAGUAACUAGUGUAAUAUGUCUAAUCCUAUCUUUGGUGCAGACUGAAUUCUACCAGUCAAGUUAGCAAUGUGACCACCAUGCUAGGUGGCUCGCCAUCACGGUGCACUGUGAAUUACCGAUUGCCUCCAACCGUCUGAUACCAGCAAUACAUAAUAAUCAUAAUGCUACUCAGCGACCACUUGCAUUCCUAUUUUCAGGUAGUGACCUACACCUCUGCGUGAGGACUGAUGAUACCACAUAUCCGCUGCAGCCUCUAUGGGUAGAGCAAGGUUCAAACCUAUAAAUCAGCAGCUAAAAGUCAAGUGCGAAGCCAACUGUCACAACUUCACUCGAUCAUACUCUACAGUUAAAUAUUCUAUGUGCAUACAUAAACAUUGCCAUACCAAAUGACUAAAUUCAACAGGCGUAUACUAUGCAGCAUUAAAAGUCAUGUAUUUGCUGUAAGGCAACGAAGUUGGUAAAAGUAAACAUUAAAAUAUAAAACGGACUAUGAAAAACUUUAUGGUGAUGUUAUGGACAAAAUAGUUAGUAGUAAGGGACUAAUUUAAAAUACAGGAAAUUAUAUUUAACUGUGAAUUUUAGAAUGAAGGUGCAGAACAAAUGGUGAAGAUAUAAAAAGAAAGCCGCAUGAUAUGUCAAAACUAGACAAAAAUUCGCUUGUAUGCGUUAGACAGCACACGCUGUUAAAAAUCCGAGUAGUUGCUGGUUGAUUUGAAGCUUUUGCGGAUGUUAAAUGUUUUGAACAAAGACUAUGAGAUGGUGAGUGACCUAUGCUCUUGCGAAACCAUUACGCAAAUACGAUAGCAGUAUUUUUCUAUACAUUUGCCAUCCAUCGUUUCGUUGUACGCUUAAUGUAUUUGCUGCAGAAAACACCAGCCGAUAGGUCCUCGGUACUUGGUAUUAUUGGUUUUUACACUUCACUUAAUCGUUCGCAUAAUGUUCUAUGCUGCAUAUACUGAGACUGUGCUUGCUUGCCUUACCGAGAGAUUUAACAUCUUUUGUCAUCUGAGUCUAAAGAUGAGAAAUUAAGUGAAAUAUGCUUCAUCUAAUGAUGUCCACUUCUGUGCUAAAUGAUAAUAUGGUGGCCACAUUGCAAACCUGACUGAUAGAAUUCAGUCUACAUCAAAGAUAGGACUAGACACGUAUCACUAGUUACUACUGUCCAAUAAAAAUACCCACUACAGUUCUAUGGGAGGUCAAUCGCGAGCCCGAAUAGCUUAGUGGUAACGUCUCUGACUGCAGCACUGGGUGACGUGGGCUCGAAUCUCAGAAAGGACAUGAGUUCCUUAAAGGUUGCAGAUACGCCUUGCUGACUGGUGAGUGCCAACUAGCACGAAACCUAGAUCCAAGGCUUCCUGCCGAUUACUUCCAACUGUCUGAUAAUAUGUUGUAUCAGUGAUACAGCAUUAUUAACUGGAUGGAGAUUUUAGCAUAAUAUUUCUCGUAAACAUAUAAAGGAUAUAAAUAGGUGACUAAUGUGUCUCAUUUAAUAUAUCUUAAGAUAUUCAUAGGAUGAUUGAACUGCAUAUGAAGCGUCAAAAUACCACUAAAAGUAGUGCUCACAUCGAAGAAGAUCGUGGAAAACUACGCAGUUUACUGGAAACUAAGUCAAAAUGUCAGUCUGUUAAGAUUGAGGAGAAAAAGUUCAAGAGAUCCCUGUUACGCAGGUUACGUCCGCGCAAAUCCAAAAGUCUUAUGAAAAAUCGUUCAGGCACCAAUGUGAAGAAAGGAAAAACUCUUAUGAAAAAUUUCCCGGAAGCAGGAAACGGAUUUUUCUGUUUACUCAGAGGAUUUCUAACACUUGAGGGUGAACGGAGAAAGCUGACUACACCUCAAAUAUGUGAAUAUGUUCGUGAAUGGCAACUGCAAAAUCAAAGAAAAUUAAGAAAGCUUGGUGGGGCCUACAGUUGGAUUGAUCGGGUAGAAAACUGGUCAUCAGUGACUUCACAUGCACUACAUUUUCUAACGGCUGAACAUGUACCGGAGAAUGUUGUGCACAAAAGUUCCCGUCGACUUAUAUGCCCAAGACCAUAUGUCGAUUUGAAGCCACGCAUUCACCAGUGGCGCUGGUUAUUAUGUCCUCCUUCAGGAGCAAAUGCAAAACUCGAGCGGGAAUGGACCAAUAAAUUUGAAACGGAAACAAAAGAAUUAUCUGGAUUAUUUACAGAUUGGCUUCGAGCACCACGUGGACUCGGUGGACUAACAGAUGCGAUUUUAUCCACUUCAAACUCCUCACUUGUAACUGGUAAGCGUAAGAAAAGACGCACGAAUGUUAAAUGUGAAAAUAAGAGUAAGCAGUGUUCUCAAGAAUCUGAUAGCAGCAGUCAUAAGUCAAAUGAAGUUGAUUCAGAGCUCGACGAAGAUCAAACAUGUUUACAAAUAGAUGAUGGUCAAAUUGAGUCUGAUGAGGUUGAAAAGAAAAGUAAAAACAAACAAGAAGUUAAGACAAAGGUUUCUAAAUCUUCACAACAACCAACACCUAAUGAAGAUGAUGAUAUACCUCCACCAUUAUUCCCAACAUCAUGGAAACUUCGUCCAUUUACUAAAGAAGAGAAAGCGAAAUUUCAAUUGCAGGAACUGGAACGUUUUUCACAGCCAUGGACGCCAUUUGUUUACCAGAUACAAGAUUAUUAUGCCACCGUUGGACCACUUCGUUCUGCUCCAAGCGCACUAAAUCAAGAUUUGGGAUCUCUUAAUUCAGGUCGUAAUUGGUCUGGCCAUUCUAAGGCUAGGGAUCAUCCUUUAUUAAAACCGGAUCGUCCUACAUAUGUUAGUUUGGCUGAAAUUGUUCGAGAUGCUGUGGCUUGUUUGCCCAAUGGAGAAGGAAGUCGUACAGAUAUCACUACACUUGUACAGAAUAGUAUCUUUUUGUUGCCGGAUAUCGAUCCGCGUAAGUUACAACAGUGCGUCAGUUCAGCUCUGGAUCGUUUGCAGGGUGAAAUAUCUGAUCCAUCUGUUUAUUUUAACAGCAGUCGUCGUAUCUGGAUCUAUCGUCAUAGAUGUCGAUCUUUUGAUGAAUUUGCUCAACUACAUGAAGCCAGAUGUGCUGUCAACGAAACUAAAAAAAUUAUCCAACGUGGUGGUGAUACAACGUCUGUUAACAGCACUAACAAAGUAGUUAGGCAUACUAAUAUACGUAAUACUGAAAAGCUUGCUGAAUACUCAAUUAAACCCAACAGUGUGCGAAAUAACACUUUGAAAAAUUCUGGACGUUAUCAACACAGUGGAGGAAGACAUAUUCAGUCAGGUUAUGUCAGUCGAGAUUAUGGAUAUAUGGAGGUCGGUGAUGAUCAUUCACUGAAUGAAAAUGAUGAUUAUAUUCCAGACAUUGAAGAAUUGGAAGCAGCUGAUGAAGACAAUAUGAUUGAUUAUAGUUGCACAUCGCCGGUUCCUUCAAUAAAUUCCAAUGGUGUAGGUGUUUGUGAUAUUGUUACCGCUGAUUAUGGUAGUGAGAAUGAUGAGGAUGAGGCUGAAGAGGAGGAGGAAGAGAAGGAGGAGGUGGUGGUGGAAGAGGAUGAAGAAGCGGAGGCGGAGGAGGAGGAGCAGGAGGACGACGAAUUGGACGAUGAUACUAUUUACAAACUGUAUUGUGAAAAUGAAAUUUUUAGUAGUUGGGAUAUUUCCACUGAUCCUGAAUUCACAAAAAAAUCAAAUCCCUUAGGUUCAUUUCAAUCGAGAUGUCCAACUUCAUUCAUCAAACAGAAUUUUCGUAAAUAAUUAAUAAUUAAAUAUAUGAAAUUAUAGUUCAUUCUGAGGAUUGUAUUCAACACUAGUUAUAUGAUGACAUCGUUUUAAUCCUGGUUAAAUUUUAUCCUAUUUUUCAGUUUUCCUUUACAUAAUAUAUAGCUAUGACUGCAUUUUCUAUAUGUAGAAUUCAUAAAUUGUUUUCAUAUCUAUUCAACUUACCGGUUCGUACAAUACUACCUCAGUAGACCAUCCUGGUUAAUAAUCCGGAGGUCAUUUGUUCAAUUCAUUUUAUCCCCAAUCGUCAUUCAUUUCGCCUAUGGCAGUCUGCCAAUCUCAUAAAUAAUCCUUGUUUUUGAAUGUUCGACCCCCCCCCCCCCACACACACACACUUUUUCUCCCAAUGUAUUGGCCCUAUUUCUCGAAAAACUUUUAAUAACUAACUGCCAGGCGCUUUUUUAAAUGUAGUGGUUGUAAUAAAUAUAGAUUA